AUGGAACAAAAGCCUUGGACAUGGGCAUUUGACUCUCUAUAUUCGAGAAAUCCUAGUUUGGUUUCUUGCAUAAACAUCCCGCCAUUGCUGCUUCUACGUGAUAGCUUACCAUUCAAAAUUAUAUAUACUGAUACUAAUGGGAGAAUCAUGCACUAUAACCAUACGCAAAUUUCAGAGCAAAUAAUUCUCUCCAUUUUCAGGAAAUUUCACCAGCUUUCAAGAUUCCCAAGAUUUAUUGAUUUUUCAAAAGCUUUUGAGCCUAAUCAAUUACCAAUAAUGCUUACUCCCCCCCCCCUCCGUGAGUGAACAAAACCAUUAGAAAAAUCCCUAUUUUUUGACCAAAAACCCACCCUCCGUGAGUGAACAAAAAUUUUUUAUGGAAAAAAAAUUUUGAUAUAUAAGUGAUAAUUAGUAUAAUGAAAUCUAGAGCUAAUUCUGUUUAAUUUUAAACAAAUUGCUUUUUAAAACAUAAAUUUUAUAAAUUAAAAUUAAUAUUUGCUUUCCAAUUUUUGCAAAUUAGGAUUUUUUAAAAUUCGAAAAAAAAAAUUUUUUCUAUAAAAUUUAUAUAUAAAUUUUUUUUAAAAAAAAAAAAUUAACCCCCCUCCGUGAGUGAACAAAAAAAUUUUGUUCACUCACGGAGGGGGGGAGUUAAUGAAACUUUUUUUCUAUAUGAAAUCACUUCUGAAAUUUCUCGAUAUACUGCUAUUCAGGGUUGUCGGGAAGGAAAAAAAUCCUUAUUUACCCACCGGCUUGAAUAUACAGAAAACCACUAUAAGUCUUAUCCUUAUAAGCUAGAAAAUAAAUACUUAAAUUGACCAAUACGAAAGAUCAGUCCUACCAGUGGCGGGCGUUCUUAUGUAAUCCGGAAGUUGUUUUUUUGGUGCAAAGAGCUAUUAAAGGAUUAGGUUAGAGGCCCAUCUCUAUUUUCGCUGAUUAGUGACCUGGCUGGAGCUUUUUGAAUCUUUUUAGUCAGAGCUAGUGUCAGAUAGGUCAGAGCGACUUUCCUACCUAAGCUGUUUAGUGGCCUGCUACUAAUGGGCGCAAGCCUAUUGGUUUUUUAUUUAGAGCUGAUCCAGAGGAAAAGGGGAGGUAGGCUAAAUUAAGACUCUCAAGGGUUAGCCUCUCCAGUCUAAAAGGGUGUCGGAAAUGGGCAAUCUGGCCUAAGCAACGCAGAGUUGGGCAACUUUGGCGCCUGGAUUGAAAAAUGGAGUUUCCCUGCAAAAUCUGGACUAUCCAGAUCAGGAGGGAAAAUUCCCUACAGAGAAGCCAAAGUUUCAUGCUACCUUGAGGGAGCCCAUCCCACAGAUGCUGUGGAAUGCACAGUGCUUCAGGAUUAGGGACUUUAAAUACUCAUCCUAAUCUAAUAAGCUAGAAAAUAAUAUCCUACAUUAAGCUGUAUUUUUAAAUACGUUAAUUUGCAGACAUAAUGGCUAUAAUUUAAUUAAAUAGAAUAAAAAGCAGCCUUUAGAUGACAUAGAACAAGAAAAAGUAUUUAUGAUCUAUACAGUAAACAUAAUCCACGCUAUAGAAAAAAAUAGAAGUUGCAGUGUAGUCAAUAUUGAAGUCGUAUAUUUAAAAGAUGAAAUAGACAAAAUAUGAGCUGAAACCUUUCUUGAAUGUGCUGUAAUCCCAGAAGAUAUAUCAAGAGUGCCUAUUUUAGAUUCAAAAAUUUUAUUAUUUUCUUCUCAGGCGCGCAAACAAAAUAAAAAAUUAUCAAAAUCAUUCAGCAUCCAAAAUAUUUCAUCAAAGCAAGUUCUCACAAAAAAACCUCCAGUUUUAGCGAUUUCAUGUGAAAAAAUCAAUGAGUUUUUACCUAAAAUUUCAAGAAUGGCUAAACAUAAUAAUUCGCAGACGAAGUUAAAUAGAACUCAUAUAAGAAGCAGAUUAGGAUCGAGCUCUUUUAUAUAA